AUGCCGGGAGGAGUUGGUCGAGAAUACCUUGACUUCUCCUUCGAUGCGAUGAGACGCAUCAGCUUUGUGGCAGUGAAGAUCCCACCAUUGCCGUACGGACCGCUGUCAGUGCGUGACUUCCAUGUACUUGCGGGCGGGAGCAGCGAGUCUCCCGAGAGCUGGGUGCCUGCGUCACCCGUGCCUCUGCAGACGUUGGAUCGAGCUGACCUGCGCCCUGGCUUUUAUCGUCUCUGCUCCUUAACCCCGAAGAAGUGGCAUAAGAAGGCGAGAAGAUAUUUGCUCUCCGCCUUGUCACGAAAGCGAAGCCGGAGCUAG